CAUUUUUUUCCUCUAAUCUAAAAACCCUGUCUCUAACCCGGUCUCCUCACUCACUCUUCCCCGAUCCCUCUCCUUCUUUCUCUCUCUCCUGCUCCCUCAACUACGACGGUGAGGGGAUAGACGAGGCUUCAACCACGGUGGAGGUCGACGGGGUUGACAGAGGCUCAGCGGGACUGCCGGAGGCUCGACGACGUGGACUCGGAGACUCGUUGGUGCAGGUAAAGAUCUCUCUCUCUCUCUCUUGUUCUGUUGGUGGGUGAAAGAUUAAUAUUAAUAUAUAAUAAUAAUAUUACACGAUUCAACAAUGGCGGAGAUCACAUGCGAGUGCGACAAUGUCCCACCUUCUAAAUACCAGUGCCAAGCUCUACUUUGCCCCCAGAGCCCAUCUCUUUACCUCUUCUUCUAGCUUUGCUCGUAACCCUUUUCUCCGAAUCCCUUCUUCCAUUCCAAAGCCCCUUUCUCCUCUCAUUGCUAGGGUCUCUCUUUCUUCUAAAACUUCCAAUCCCACCAUGGGAGACUCUGCCGACGCUGGAAUGGACGCUGUCCAAAGACGCCUUAUGUUUGAGGACGAAUGCAUUCUAGUGGAUGAGAACGACUGGGUUGUUGGUCAUGAUACAAAAUAUAAUUGUCACUUGAUGGAAAAGAUUGAAAAGGAAAAUUUGCUGCACAGGGCUUUCAGUGUGUUUUUGUUCAACUCGAAAUACGAGUUGCUUCUUCAGUGAGUUUGGAGCAAAAGUUGUGCCUCCAAAGAGGAUAUUAAAGAUGUUGCCUGAGCUAUUUGACCAUCAAGAUCAAAAUGUUCGUGCAUCUUCUAUAGGACUUACUCUUGAGCUUUGUCGAUGGAUUGGAAAGGACCCUGUAAAAUCAAUAUUAUUUGAGAAAA